AUGUUGGAGACUUCUUUAGAUCCAAGAGCAGCAGCAGCAGCAGCUGAUGGCCAGGCCAAUGACAGCAGCAGCAGCAGCAGCAGUGGUGUAGGGUUUGCAUCAAUGACAUGCAUGCAGCUGCUCUCAGGUGUAUCUGCAGCAGCAGCAGCAGCAGCAGCAGCACCAAGAGGCCCCUCGCUGCGGUUCGCUGAGGUGUACGUACACCUCGAGUCUUCUCUUAAUUUCUUUCUUACUAAUCAAUCGCAUAAAGUAGAGAUGGAGAUGCGCCCUAUAAGAAAACUGCAACGCAGCGCCUGGGGCAAUACUCUUGUUGCUGCAGCAGCACAUCAGCUGCUGAUGGAUGCAGCAAGGCAGGACGCAGUGGGGCUGUUGGAUGAGAUUCGGCUGCAGCUGCAUGCGCUGCUGCCGCCUCUGCAUGCAUGCACACAGCAGCAGCCCAAUUGGAAGCAGGAGGAGCAGGAAAAGUUGCUGCUGCAACGGCAGCAGCAACAGCGGCAGCAGAAGCAGCAGCAGUCAUCUAGCAGCAGCAACAGCAGCAGCAGCAGCAGCACAGGUGAGGCCAUUUGCAGCAGCAGCGAACUCCUCUGCUGCAGCAACACAACGCAGCAGCAACUGGAGACACGGAGACUGUGGCGCUGCGCCUUGCUGCUGCGCCUCAAGCAGAUGUGGGACGAGCACCGCGACAGCAGCAACAGCAGCAGCAGCGACAGCAGCAGCAGCAGCAGCAACUGGGAGGUGCUGCUACGGCUGCCAUUUGCCCAGCUUGUUGCUGCAGUGCUGCAGCAGCCAAACGGUGCGCUGGAAGUGGUGGAGUGUCUGCGGUGCGCCGUAGGCCUGCAGCAGCAGCAGCAGCAACAGCAGCAGCAGCAGCAGCAGCAAGAGGUGCUGCUGCUGCUUCAGCAGAAGCAAAUAGAGGAGACAAAUAAUAUUAAAGAAUGUACAUCAUGGCUGCAGCUGCUCAACUGUCUCCUUGACUCUAUUAUGGCGCUGCUGCUGCCCCGCAUCAACAGCAGCAGCAGCAGCAGCAACAGCAGCAGCAGCAGCAGCAGCGAUUUAACGGACACAAGGGAGUUCGUUAAUUUGCUGCUGCAGCCAUCAGAGGAAUGGCCUCUAGGCAUCAAGUUGCUGCGCGAGGACGGAUCUGAUUCCCGUGAGCUUCGUGCUGCUGCUCUUUGCUGCUCUGCAUGCGACGGUGUAGUGGCUGUGCUGCAGCGGCAGCUAGCAGCAGCAGCAGCAGCAGCAGCAGUCCCUGCCUUCCCGCUGCUGGAGAGGCAAACAUUAGAGGCAUUAGGAAAGGGACAGCAGCAGAGACAAAGGGAGAAGCUGCAGCUAGAGUGUCUCUGUGCUGCCUUUAGGUCUUGCGAAGGAGUGCUGCGUCUGUGCGAGUUGCUGCGGCCGUCAGAGGGCUGUCUGCGUCUGUUGGCGGAGCAGCAGCAGCAGCAGCAGCAGCAGCAACUGCAGCAGCAACUGCAGCAGGAUAUGUUUUCCUCCUCUGCUGAUAUAGGAGGAAGCCCAGGUGUCUCCUCCACACCGCUAACAGCAGCCUUGGCUUCAUCUUUUGAGGAUGCGCCUACGUUGCUGCUGAUUGCUGUUUGCAACUCCCGUCGUGCAGCAGCAGCAGAACAGCAGCAGCAGCAGCAACAGCAACAGCAACAGCAGCAGCAGCAACAGCAGAGUGUGGGGCCCAUAGACUCAACUGACGCCUGGGGAGGGCUCCUACCAGGGCCGCUGCAGCGGCAGCUGCUCGAUCCCCCUCUUACUAUGGAGGUGCUGCUGCAGCGCAUGCAAGAAUCUCCGUCUCUGUUGGAGUCUGUUGUUGCCUUUUUGUCUCUUGCGCUCAUCAGCGAUCCUUCCGUCUAUGCGGAAGCCCCUACCGUGGCGGCCCCUGCUGCAGCAGCAGCAGCAGCUGCUGCUGCUACAGCUGCGGCAGCAGCAGCAGCUGCUGCUGGGGGGCCUUCAGCUGUACAGACACCUCACGGCCUAAAGGGACGAAGAGGCGCAGUUGGAUUUUUCUCUGCACUCGCGUGGCUGCCCCCUUCUGCUCUCCGCCUCUGCUUGCUGACUUUGCAUGAGCUUGAGACAUCGCAACCUGAAGGGGACAGAGAAAACAGCAGCAGCAGCAGCAGCAGCAGCAGCAGCAAUGGUUGCUGCUGCAGCCACGUGAGAUGGAUUGUGCUGCUGCUGCUGGGAGUUUGCAAAGCACUGCAGCAGGGAGAGCAGCAGACUGUCACAGGAGCUGAGUGGGAAGGCGCGGAGCCCGCCCUUGAUGCGGUGUAUAGGGAGCUUGUUGCUGUUUCUGAGAACCCAAGGUAUUCGUGGCCUGUGCGGGUGCAUGCAAUGGGGCUGGCAAGGGCAUGCAGGCCAUUGAACAGCAGCAGCACCAGCAGCAGCAGCAGACGCCUGCAGGAGCAGCUGCAGCAGCAGCUGGUGCUGCACUUCCCUUGUAACGUGCUGCCUGAUGACCCAGGGCUGUCUCUGUGCUGUCUCCAUCUGCAGCGGCUAGCUGGUCUCCCUACGGAGAUGCCGCUGCCUCCUUCUGAGGUACUAGAGAAGGUGCUGCAGCAGCAACAGCAGCAGCAGCAGCAGCGCAUGCAGCAAAACGGUGGAGAGAUGUCUUGCGGAGCUGCUGCCUCAUUUGCUGCUCUCAGAGGGAAUAUCUAUUUCUUCCUUUAA